AUGUCAAAAAUGAAGGGAAGCGAUGGUAUGCACGUAGGAAUGCCCGGCAAUAUGAUGGCCGGCGGUCACGGCGGGCCCCAACACUUCGACUUCGACCCCAAUAUGAGCAUCAAUGAGAUCCAGUUCGGAGACUAUACCUCCCAAAUGAUCCAUUCGAUCGAUUCACCGGGAAUUGUUGACUACAACAGCCCUUAUCAGCGGUCGAACCAACAGACGGGCCAAAUGCCGGCUGCAAUGCUCGCCUCUCACGCCCAACAAUUCAAUUUAGCUCAACAACAAAGUCAAGGGAUGCCUCCGCACACCAACCCAGGGAUGGGCGGUCCGAACGGUGCGGGCAAUAAUCCAUUUCCGCCACAAACGCCAUACUACGGCACCGACCCGUUCUCGGCAUCGAUGGGACACAUAAUACCCGCGGGUCCGCCGCCGGCGAUGUUGGCUCAAUACUACGGAAUGCCUCCGUGGGGAAUGUAUCCGGGAAUGAUUCAGUCGAACCAAGUGCAGAGCGGUUCCACCGCACCUCAUAUACAACAACAGCAACAGAUGAUGAGUCGAAGCAACGGCACGCGACCGCUCACACCUCAGGGUCCCAGUGAUAACUCCGGGACUCCACAAGCCAUGCAAGCGGGUCAGUACCAAAUGGUUCCGCACGGAUAUUACGAUCAAAACGGCUCUAUAAUGAUGGGCAACACCGGCGCCAGAGGUAUGAAUCCGGCGGCGAUGCGAAUAAUGCCCCAAAUGAUUGUCAAUCAGUCCGGAAGUAAUAAUAUACGAAUGAUGCCAAACGCAGGACAAACACCGCAACAACACUCCGGCCCUCCAAACGCAUUGUUCUCGUCAAACGGCUCUAACGGACCCAAUAAUGGUCUGUACUCUUCGGCCACAAACUCUCAGAUUCCAUAUCCAGCGUCUGUUUCGUCUUCAGGAGUUCCCAACUUUUCCAACUCAUCGAACGGCAAUCAAAUGGGUUUCAAUCCAAACAUGAGUCGUAAUCAAGUGCAGGGCUACGGCAACAGUGCUUUGGGACCCAUCGGGGCCUCCAUUGCGUCGGGAAUGGGUUUGGGUGGAAGUGGUUCCCCCAGAAGAGAGUCGUUUGACGGCAGACGUGAUGGCGGUCUGAGCGGAAUGUUUCCCAACAGUCUUGACGGCCAGUUCUCUCGUCACAUGGGAUCGAAUCCCAAAAAUGGACAGUUCUAUGGCAUCGCAUCGCCCGGUCCUAUAGGAAUGUUACCAUCGGCUCAAAGUCUCACUCCUCCCCCUUCUCUCGACGGCUCAAACAGUAGUUUAAAUGUCAAUGCGUUCGGCAAUCGUAUGUCUGCCGCUCCCGGAGCUGAAGCCAAGUAUAUGAUGAGAAACGGACAGAUGAGUGGCGGUGUGUUUGGCUCUUCCAACUCCUCAUUUAAUAGUCGAAUGUUAACCCGAAACUCUUCAUUAGAGAAGUCGAGCGGAAGGAGUCGUUUGUUAGAAGAUUUCCGUAACAAUCGGUACCCAAACCUACAAUUGCGUGAUUUGGCGGAACAUAUCGUGGAGUUCUCUCAAGACCAACACGGGUCCAGAUUUAUACAACAGAAGUUAGAGAGGGCCACACCUACUGAGAAGCAAAUGGUGUUUAACGAGAUUCUCGGCGCCGCUUAUAAUCUAAUGACUGACGUAUUCGGCAAUUAUGUCAUUCAAAAGUUCUUUGAAUUCGGAACUCCCGAACAAAAGCAGGCGUUGGCGCAGAAAGUGAGGGGUCAUGUGCUUCAGUUGGCGCUCCAGAUGUACGGCUGUCGAGUGAUUCAGAAAGCGCUCGAAUCGAUACCUCAGGACCAGCAGAAGGAUGUGGUGAAGGAGUUGGACGGACACGUCCUCAAGUGUGUCAAAGAUCAAAAUGGCAAUCAUGUCGUACAGAAAUGCAUUGAGUGCGUCGAACCCGUGGCUCUUCAGUUCAUUAUCAGCGCCUUUGCGGGUCAGGUGUACGCGUUGUCGACCCAUCCGUACGGGUGUCGCGUUAUUCAGCGCAUUCUUGAGCACUGCAACGGAGAACAGACCACUUCCAUACUGGAAGAGUUGCACACCAACACCGAGCAGUUGGUUCAGGACCAAUACGGCAAUUAUGUGGUCCAACACGUGUUAGAACACGGGAGACCCGAAGACAAGAACAAAAUCAUUCUAAUGGUCAGAGGAAAGGUCUUAAAUCUGUCGCAACACAAGUUUGCGAGUAAUGUUGUCGAGCGUUGUGUGACACACGCGAGUCGAGCCGAUCGAGCGUUACUUAUCGAAGAAGUCUGUACUUAUAAUGACAGUGCCUUAUAUACAAUGAUGAAAGACCAAUACGCCAAUUACGUGGUCCAGAAGAUGAUAGAAGUGGCCGAAACGCCUCAACGCAAACUACUGCUGCAGAGGAUCCGUCCACAUAUGCCGGCGCUCCGCAAGUAUACGUAUGGCAAACAUAUUUUGGCAAAACUCGAGAAGUUUAUGAUGAAGAAUAGCUCAGAUCUCGGCCCUAUCGGUGCUCCGCCUAAUGGCUCGCUGUAAGUGACGGCGCAUUUGCAUGAAAUGUACGACAAAAUCAUUGUUUAAAAUCUUUGACAAAGCGUUUGAUGUUUUUUCUUCUGUUUUUGAUUUACCCUUUAUUUUCGCUGAUUAUUAUUAUUCGUAUAAUUAUUUUAGAAUCAAUUUUUAACAUUUUAGAUGAGAAACAAAACUUAUAAAUAAUGUAAUAUCUUCUGUAUAACUGUAUUGUAAUUGAAAUUCACUUAUAAUCAACUUAUUUCCAGAGUUCUUGAGAGAGAGCUGCUGUAAAAAUCCUCCUUUCAUUGACGUUUCAAAAACUUGUUGUUAUAUUGAUAUGAAUAGCCAUUUAUAAUGUUAUCGUCAAAAUUCCUUAUUAUUUAAUUUCUCUCAUCGUAUGUGAGAUAUAAAUAUAUAUAUAUAAAUAUAAUAUACCCUAAAAACGAAGCCCUAAUACGCGACUAUAAAUAUGAUAAAUAGUGAAUACAUUUGCUCUGUUAAGUACAGUAUAAAUAUAUACAUAAAUAUAUAUAAAAUAAUUAAUAGACGGGUGCGUAAUGUCUCGGAUAACACGAUAAUAUCGUACCGCAAAAAAUUGACAAUAAUUUUACUUAUAUUUAAUUAUAAAAGCAAAUUAUGAUAAAUCAUGAAUUCUAUAUAAAUAAUGUAUAUACAUAUGAAUAUACAUAUUAUACAUAUUUUCAUUGAAGUUUUCUCUCUAUUCAUUCGGAAUCCAAUUCAAAACACGUCUAAACAAAUGAUUUAAUGAAUUACUCAAAAGAGUUUAAGUAUAAAAACCCUAAUGAAAUAUGCGUCUUAUCCACAGGAGGGAGGGAAGGGGUCCUGCUUUUCAUAUAUGAAAGUAUAUCUAAUGGGCUAAAUAGUGGUGCGUAUUGUCGGCGGGAAUUUAGGGUAAUUUAAUAAUUUAAAAGACUAUAUACUGUAUGCUUAAGACUUAUAUAUAAAUUGUAAUUUUUUCUCAACGAUUUCGAUAUGUAUUAUGAAAUGAAUUCAAUAUAUUAUAUAUUUAACACUAUUUUCAGUACCAAUUAGUAAUUAUUAUUAUUUUAAUCGUUUCGCAAAUUCUCUCUCUU